UUCGCGUUAAAAUUCUCAUCAGAAUAAAGCGAUCAUCGUAACAUACUUCUAGAGUGCGCACUACAUUAUAGCAACCACACUUCUCCCUCUUCUUCCAUGCAGUUUUACUCCCGUUAUUGAAGUAUCUUUUCUGUCAAUGAGCAUUGUCAUAUUCUUGCUGUGUUCAGUGCAACGCUUAGCUCGACGAGAUAAGAAGAAUAUUUUACUCGCAAAAUAGUGAAACAGUGAAAAAAAAAAUUCCAGAUGUGGACCUAUCAUAGAAUGUGCACCAGUAAGGCGCGUCUUGAUGGUAAAGUUACGAUAAUAACGGGUGCGAAUACCGGAAUUGGUAAAGAGACUGCCAAAGAUUUUUACAAAAGAGGCGCAAAAGUGAUUUUGGCUUGUCGCAAUGUGGAAAAAGCAAAGAAUGCAGUGGAAGAAAUAAAGAAUGAUCCAUAUUUGGGUACAGAUAGCAAACAGUUCAAUGGUAAGCUAGGCGACUUCGUGAUCUAUCCAUUGGAUCUCAGUAACUUAAAAAGUGUAAGAGAGUGCGCUAAGAAGAUAUUAACAGAUGAAUCAGUUAUUCAUAUAUUAGUAAAUAACGCCGGUAUAAUGAUGUGUCCGCAUGAAAAAACCAAGGAUGGAUUCGAGCUACAGCUACAAUCGAAUCAUAUCGGACAUUUUCUUCUGACACUAUUACUGCUACCAAAAAUACAAUCAUCCGCUCCUGGCUGCAGAAUAAUUAACGUGUCAUCGAUUUGUCACCUCCUUGGUAAUAUACAUUUUGAUGAUAUAAAUCUGGACAGAUCGUAUAGUCCUAUGAAAGCAUAUGCACAAACCAAACUGGCGAAUAUACUGUUCACUAAGGAACUUGCGCGUCGACUAAAAGAAGCGGGAAUUAGCGGGAUAAACGUGUACUCCUUGCAUCCCGGCGUAAUAAGAACCGAAUUAAGCCGACACUAUAGUAAAACGAUAAUUCCUGGCGCGAAGUUUUUCUACCGGAAUAUUAUGCGGCCAUUCAUCAAAAAUCCGAUACAAGGAGCGCAAACAACGAUACAUUGUGCGGUUGAUGAAAAAGUGGCUAAUGAGACCGGUCUUUAUUAUGUAGAAUGUCGCGUGACCAGACCGCAAUGGAGAGCGAGAGAUGAUCGAAUAGCCAAGGAUUUAUGGGAUCACACUUGCCGGCUUUUGCACUUGGAACCUGAUGAAAAUCUUACCACAUUUUUGCAAACUGUUUCGCGCCAACUUGCCGAAUAAUAUUUAUUCGUAUAAUAUCGAUUCAUAGUGAAAUAAUAGAUAUAAUUUCUUGCUUUUGAUAAAUUUUUACGUUUACAAUAUACAUGAUAUGUGAAUAGACGUGAUACAUGAUAUGAAUAAUAGUAUAGAUAUGAGUUAACUCACAUGAAUAAAUAUGCACAAAUAUUUUCAAUGUUCUAAUAAUAAGUAUUAACUUCCACGCAUAUAACAUUUAAUACGCUACAUUUUUAAAAUAUUAUUUUAUUGUUACUGAUAAAAAAGCAAUAAUUUUUACAAAAACAAUAAAAAGUAAGUGCGUUUUAAGCGAUUUUAAUAUAAUCACAACAUGAACAUUUAAUAUAAUUAGACUUGCUGUAAAAAGAUUGAAUUUAACGUGUAUUUUUUGCUGCCAAUGGAAUUUGAAACAAUUCUAGCUAAUCGAAGAGCUUUUCUAUAUAUUACAAUGGAAUGGAAUACGAAAUUUUGUAGAACUCAUCGAAAAAUUCUUGUAGCUAUAAGCAGCUUAUUGUUGUAGAUCAUUUCUGUUCGACAUUUAAAAAAAUCUGGUCAGAUUCAAGCCGUUUCGAAAUUACAAAUUUAUAUUUUUUGUUCAGAACAUCUAUAUCAUCGCGUCUUACCCAGCAAUUUUUGCAUUAAAAAUUCCUUCUCUCUCCCAUCCUUCCCGUAACGCUUUAGUUUCAAUAAAUCGUUUAUAUAUGCAGUAUACUUAAUAAAACUAUAUUUAUCUA